AUGUGGUUUUGGUUAAAUCUAUUAUUCGAAUUUGUCGUAUAUUUAUGUGUUGAUAAUAUCACCAAAGUUUUCAUUAUUAAUAAUGAAAAAGAAAGUCGUUUUGAUAUUUUAAUAUAUGAAUCGAUGGUUUUGGGAUUCAUAAUUGGUUUUACAUCGUUUUAUCAUCAUAUCACGUAUCUACUGCUGAUUUUGUUGUUUAUUCAUAUUAUCGGUACACUUUAUACGGAAAAACGUUUUAAUGUUAUCAAACAAGGAUUGAAAACGUUGUUCUCUGUAUGGAUUGCAAUAUGGCGAUCUAUUCUAGUUCGUCUUUACCAGUUCGUACUAAAACGAUUUAUUCAACGUUCACCGCCAAGGAUUUUCACGUCGCAAAAGGUUCCUCAACAAUAUUUAUACAGUUACCAUGUCAAACCAAUCAAUAACUUCGAACUUCAAUCGCCGUUAACACUACAGACGCUGCCGCGACCUGGAAUAUUCAAUCUCCAUGGAACAACGUCUUCAUUAAACUCUCUUUUACAAAGUUUAGCAUCGUUGAAUAGUUUCUGCACUUCAUUACCAAGGAAUGUAAAUUUAUCGAAUUCGACUUAUGAUCCGAUUGUGCCCACAUUUCUUGACUUGAUGGCACAAUUACGUAAUGAUCAUCAUGUAUCUGAUCAUCAACGUUGGAAUGCACUUGUUGAUACUUCGUCGCUCGUGUCCAAAUUAAAUGCAAAUCAUCCUGGUUUGCUAGCAAGACAUAAGACAACGGAUAUUGCUGAAUUGUUUCAAUCAUUGAUCAAUGUAUUGAACAAUCUCCUAUCAAAACAAACAUCGGUUUGUUCGACAAAUGUACUUGAACAAGUACAGAAUAAGAAAUUGACAACAUUUUCAUUGGAUUAUCUCAAUCGAAUCUUUCUUGAAACGGAAGCAGAACUUCAUAAUAAAAUCACCUUGGAUAAUCUCGAUGCGCAAGCGUCAUACAUAAUUCAAUAUGUUGAUUUGACUUGGUUGAUGCAUCAUAUUCAACUUGGUUCGAUCGUAAAACAUACAUUUUCUGGUCAACUUCUUCAUGCGCAUUGCUGCGUUGAUUGUUCGCAUAUACGAUUUCGUUCGGAACCGUUUCAAAUGUUAACAUUACCGGUGAAUAAAACCAAUAUUUCAUUGGAACGAUUGAUUUCACAAUUACCCAAAAUAGAACUUAUCGAUUCCAUCUCUUGUUCAUACUGUUCUAGUCAAAAUCCUCUUGCUUAUGAAAGAGGAACCCGGGCAGAUCUUCAGGAGACACUUUUCACUAAAAUAACAUCAACUCUUGCACCUGUUCUUACUGUACGUCCGCAAGCAUCUUCGACAUCAGCGCCUCCAACUACUAUCAUUCCAUCGACAAACACUCGUCUACAUUCGAAAAUGAAAGUUCAAACCAUGAUCGCCAAUUUGCCGGACGUACUUUGCAUUGAAUUGAAACGUUUUUCUUAUGAUCGUCUUUCAAAAAGCACUACGAAGUUAACCACACAGAUUUUCCUCGAACCCGACAAGAUACUCGAUCUGUCCAAGGUCCAUUAUACAACAUGGCUCGGAUUAACUAAUCUUUCAGGAACAAUUCCUUCGCGGUAUCGAUUAAUCGCCGUGUGUUUACAUUUAUCAAAGAAUGUUUCUUCAUCAUCGACCAAUGAACAUUAUGUUUGUCUAUAUCGUACUGAACAAUCGCGUUGGUUUCUGAGUGACGAUGAACGCAUUACGGAAGUGAAUCAAAUCGAUCACGUUUUCCAAACGCCAUAUAUUACGGAAAAUUGUUAUCUUCUAUUUUAUGAACGAUAUUUAUGA